UAAUCCUCAAAUCCUGGAAAUUUUGUAUCUUGUCUGAGUUUCCUCUACUUAUCUAAAUUUCCAAUAUAGAUUUUGAUCUCAGUGUUCUUUAAUUCCGAAUGAAUCAAGCCUCCCCAAGUAGUAUUCAAAUUUACGACAUGUUAGUUAACAGUCAACCGCUCUACCACUGAGCUACUAAAGAAGAACAAGUGAAGAGAGAGAGAGAGAGAGAGAGAGAGAGAGAGAGAGUCCAUUAUCUGCUUAGGGGAUUGCAAUCUUGGAGGAUAUGGUUUUUGUUUUUGAAUUGCAUACUUUGAAGUAUCUGAAUUGACUCAUUCAGUACUUUCCUUGUUAAAUGUUAAUUUACUGUUGAAGUUCAUAACUUUUGACGGUGGGUGUUUAUUCUGUGGAGCCUAAUGUAAAGUUCAAAGUAUAGAAGGUUGUUGUCAUAGGCUGCGCAACUCAGAAAUCUGUGCAGAAUUAUAUGGUUUGAGUAGUGGUUCUGGAGUUUUUGCUGUAGAUUGAUAAAUGGAAGCAACGUCUUUGCGCCCUUCGAACUAUCAUUUCUAUAACUUGGGAUUUGUAAAUACACAUAAAACCCUUUAUAUGACGAGGUUGAAUCCAGGUCAAGCUAAAACUCCAUCCCCAGUUCUCUUGCACACAGAUGAAACUGGCCCGUUUCCAGAGUUUAAGAAGGGUUCUGGUUCAAGUGCAGCUUUAAGAAACACUGCUCCCAGAAAAUCAUUUCCGGGUCUACCAAACACAGUUGGCAUAAUUGGAGGGCUAUCUGUCGAUUCUAAUGUUAAAUUUAUGAGAAAACUUGUCAAUUGGAGUUCAAGAGAUGGAGAAAGUUGCCCUCCUUUUGUUCUUUGUUCUGACCAUGUUUCAAAUAAGGAGCUUUUAUCAAUUGAGAGUUCUUUUCCUUCUGUCAGCAGUAAAAGCGAUGGUCCUGAAUUCGAUCCUACUCCAAUUGUGGAGAAUUUGCUGAGUAAGAGGAUUUUUCUUGAAAAAUCGGGAGCUCGUUGCAUUGUAAUGCCUUGUCACAUAUCACAUUCUUGGCAUGAUGAAAUUUCUAAGGGAUGUUCUGUUCCUUUUCUUCAUAUUGGUGAGUGUGUUGUCAAGGAGCUCAAGGAAGCAAAGUUGAAGCCGCUUGAAGCCGGAAGUCCUUUGCGGAUUGGAGUGCUUGCAAGCCAUGCAACUUUGACAGCAGGAUUCUAUCAGGAGAAACUGCAGAGCGAGGGAUUUGAGGUUGUUCUGCCGGAUAAAGUGACCAUGGAAUACUCUGUAAUCCCUGCUAUUGAAGCCUUAAACAGAAAGGACAUAGAGGGGGCACAAAAUCUCUUGAGGAUCGCACUCCAGGUUCUUCUGGCGAGGGUUGUGAACUCUGUUAUUCUUGCGUCCGAUGAUAUGCGAGGUCUUCUUCACCUGGAUCCUCUUCUUAAGAAAUGCAUUGACCCUAUAGAUGCCUUGGCUAGGUCAGCCAUAAGCUGGGCUCAGUCUGCUAAAAAAGAUGGUUCAAAGAAGAAAAAACAGAAGAAGAAAAAGGAUCCGAAUGCACCCAAAAGAGCGAUGUCUGGUUUCAUGUUCUUCUCAAAUAUGGAGAGAGAUAAUGUCAAGAGAGAGAACCCUGGAAUUGCGUUUACUGAUGUGGGGAGAGUGCUUGGAGAGAAGUGGAGAAAGAUGUCUGCGGAGGAAAAGGAGCCAUAUGAAGCAAAGGCUCGUCAAGAUAAGGAACGCUACAAGGAUGAUAUUAGAAGCUACAAGAACCCCCAACCCAUGAACAUAGAUUCACAAGGAGUGCAGAUUGGACGAAUUUCUUGUUGAACCAAAUGAUGAAUCUUCUUUGUCUCCACUAAUGAUGAAUUUCCUGUUGAACCAGAUGAUCAAUUCACAAGAAGACUGCAAAUUCAUGCACGCAAACAAACGCACACGUGUGAGAACCAAGAACAAGCAUAGCCAAAGGAGAAUUUUCUGAGCUUACCUGCAAUUGGAUAUAAUUAAGGCUUUCGUGUGACAUUUUGUUUUUUGUCAAAACAUUCAUGUGACAUUUAUCUUGUAAACUAAAAUAUGUCUUGUAAACUGAAAAUCAAGAAAGAAGGUACAAAUUUUAGUUUCAUGCAUCAUUUAUAUCAUCUAUCUAAUAGAGAUGCCACAUGUGUUGGUAGGUCUUACCUCUAUUAGAUAAUGAUACAAAUAGAUGGUAAAAUAUAGCAUUACUCUUUUUUUUGUA